AUGAGUAUCUGGAACUAUGUGGUGACGGCUCAUAAGCCGACUAACGUUACGCAUUCCUGUGUCGGCAACUUCACCGGCCCUCAAGAGCUCAAUCUUAUCAUUGCGAAAUGCACGAGAAUCGAGAUCCAUUUACUCACGCCUCAAGGGUUACAGCCUAUGUUGGAUGUACCAAUAUAUGGGAGGAUAGCUACGCUUGAGCUUUUUCGCACACAUGGUGAAGCACAAGAUCUUCUGUUCAUUGCAACAGAAAGGUACAAAUUUUGUGUUCUUCAAUGGGAUCCUGAGGCAGCGGAAGUUGUCACCAGGGCGAUGGGUGAUGUGUCUGAUCGUAUCGGCCGGCCUACCGACAAUGGUCAGAUUGGCAUAAUUGAUCCUGAUUGCAGAUUGAUUGGUCUCCAUUUGUAUGAUGGAUUAUUUAAGGUUAUUCCAUUUGACAAUAAAGGCCAGCUCAAGGAAGCAUUCAAUAUAAGGCUUGAGGAGCUUCAAGUUUUGGAUAUCAAGUUUCUCUAUGGUUGUGCGAAGCCAACAAUUGUCGUUCUGUACCAGGAUAACAAGGAAGCUCGUCAUAUCAAAACAUAUGAGGUGGCGUUAAAGGAUAAAGACUUUGUCGAGGGGCCAUGGUCUCAAAACAAUCUUGACAAUGGUGCUGAUUUGAUAAUACCUGUUCCUGCUCCUCUUUGUGGAGUGCUAAUCAUUGGUGAAGAAACCAUCGUGUAUUGUAGUGCGACAAAUUUCAAGGCUAUUCCAAUUCGACCUUCAAUCACAAGGGCAUAUGGAAGGGUUGAUGCUGAUGGUUCCAGAUACCUGCUUGGAGAUCAUAAUGGUUUGCUACAUCUGUUGGUGAUAACUCAUGAGAGAGAGAAAGUAACUGGACUGAAAAUUGAGCUGUUGGGUGAAACAUCAAUUGCAUCAACAAUCUCAUAUCUCGACAAUGCAUUUGUGUAUAUCGGCUCAAGCUAUGGGGAUUCACAGCUUAUAAAGCUAAAUCUUCAACCUGAUGCAAAAGGUUCCUAUGUUGAAGUUUUGGAAAGAUAUGUGAAUUUGGGUCCGAUAGUGGACUUCUGCGUGGUUGAUCUGGAGAGGCAAGGUCAGGGUCAGGUUGUAACUUGCUCCGGAGCUUACAAAGAUGGAUCCCUUCGUAUUGUGCGAAAUGGAAUUGGAAUCAAUGAACAGGCUUCUGUUGAACUUCAAGGUAUCAAAGGCAUGUGGUCAUUAAGAUCAUCCACUGAUGAUCCUUAUGACACUUUCCUGGUUGUUAGCUUCAUCAGCGAGACACGUAUUUUGGCAAUGAAUCUUGAAGAUGAGUUGGAGGAAACAGAGAUAGAAGGUUUUAAUUCCGAAGCUCAGACAUUAUUUUGCCAUGAUGCUGUUCAUGAUCAACUAGUACAGGUCACUUCUAAUUCAGUGCGACUGGUUAGCUCAAGUUCCAGAGAACUAAAAAAUGAAUGGUUUGCUCCUUCUGGCUUUUCCGUCAACGUUGCCACUGCCAAUGCUACUCAGGUUUUACUGGCAACUGGCGGUGGCCAUUUGGUAUACCUGGAAAUUGGUGAAGGAGUGCUAACAGAAGUAAAGCAUGCUCAGUUGGAGUAUGAUAUCUCAUGCUUGGACAUAAAUCCGAUUGGUGAGAAUCAAAAUCAUAGUAACCUAGCGGCUGUUGGAAUGUGGACAGACAUAAGUGUGAGAAUAUUCUCACUGCCUGAUUUGAAUCUCAUUACAAAGGAGCCCUUGGGAGGCGAGAUCAUCCCCCGAUCUGUUCUCAUGUGUUCCUUUGAAGGGGUGUCUUACUUGUUAUGUGCCCUUGGAGAUGGUCAUCUUUUGAACUUCGUCUUGGACAUGAAUACUGGCAAGUUAACGGACCGGAAAAAGGUUUCGCUUGGAACACAACCUAUCACACUGCGCACCUUCUCAUCAAAGAAUGCCACACAUGUUUUUGCUGCUUCAGAUAGGCCUACAGUCAUAUACAGCAGUAACAAAAAACUAUUGUACAGCAAUGUGAACCUGAAAGAAGUCAGUCACAUGUGUCCUUUCAACUCUGCUGCUUUUCCUGACAGCCUGGCUAUUGCGAGAGAAGGCGAGCUGACAAUUGGUACAAUAGAUGACAUUCAGAAGCUUCAUAUACGGUCAAUUCCUCUAGGUGAGCAUGCACGGCGCAUCUGUCAUCAGGAGCAGACAAGGACUUUUGCUGUUUGCAGUUUAAAGUACAAUCAGUCAUCCACAGAAGACGCAGAAAUGCAUUUUGUACGAUUGAUAGAUGACCAAACUUUUGAGUUCAUUUCCACUUAUCCACUUGAUCAAUUUGAGUACGGCUGUUCUAUACUAAGCUGCUCGUUUUCUGACGAUAGCAAUCACUACUAUUGUGUUGGUACUGCAUAUGUUAUGGCCGAGGAGAGUGAACCAACCAAGGGCCGAAUCCUAGUGUUUGUUGUUGAAGAUGGAAAACUCCAGUUGAUUGCCGAAAAAGAGACCAAGGGGGCUGUAUAUUCCCUCAACGCUUUUAACGGGAAACUGCUUGCUGCUAUCAAUCAGAAGAUUCAACUGUACAAGUGGGCGCUCCGUGAUGAUGGUACUCGUGAAUUGCAGUCAGAGUGCGGACACCACGGCCACAUACUUGCCCUCUUUGUACAAACACGUGGAGAUUUCAUUGUUGUUGGUGAUCUGAUGAAAUCAAUCUCUCUCUUAAUUUACAAGCAUGAGGAGGGUGCUAUUGAGGAGAGGGCUCGUGACUACAAUGCUAAUUGGAUGUCAGCUGUCGAGAUUCUUGAUGAUGACAUCUACUUGGGCGCUGAAAAUAAUUUCAAUCUUUUCACUGUCCGCAAAAAUAGCGAAGGUGCCACUGACGAGGAGCGUGGCCGUCUUGAGGUGGCUGGUGAAUACCACCUAGGUGAAUUUGUGAAUCGGUUUCGACAUGGAUCCCUGGUCAUGCGGUUGCCAGAUUCCGAUGUUGGUCAGAUUCCAACCGUCAUAUUCGGGACUGUUAACGGUGUUAUAGGGGUUAUAGCCUCGCUUCCAAGCGAGCAGUAUGCAUUCCUGGAGAAACUGCAAUCAACUUUAAGGAAAGUGAUAAAAGGAGUUGGAGGGUUGAGUCAUGAACAAUGGAGAUCGUUCUACAACGAGAAAAAGACAGUAGAAUGUAAGAACUUCUUGGAUGGAGAUCUCAUAGAGUCAUUCCUGGACCUCAGUCGCAAUAGGAUGGAGGAAAUCUCGAAGGCAAUGAAUGUACCUGUGGAGGAACUUAUGAAAAGAGUAGAAGAGUUGACAAGUCCUACUACAAAAACCCUAGCUCCUCCGUUUAAAGCCAAACCACUGUCCCCUCGUGUACGAUUCCUCACAUUUGCUAGGGUUUUCUCCGGCGGCGUAAAUUUACAGUCGAAGAAUCGUGCUUCCAGUUGCCCGGCGAUAAUGUCGAAGAGAAGGACCAGGGAGCCAAAGGAGGAAAAUGUUACUCUUGGGCCUGCCACAAGGGAUGGGGAGAUAAUUUUUGGAGUUGCCCACAUCUUUGCGUCGUUCAAUGAUACCUUCAUUCAUGUUACUGAUUUGUCUGGACGAGAAACCUUGGUGCGCAUCACUGGUGGCAUGAAGGUUAAGGCUGAUAGGGAUGAGUCAUCCCCAUAUGCAGCUAUGCUUGCAGCACAAGAUAUUGCUCAAAGAUGCAAGGAACUUGGGAUCCAGGCCCUCCACAUCAAGCUCCGAGCCACCGGUGGUAACAAGACUAAGACUCCUGGCCCUGGUGCUCAGUCCGCUCUUCGUGCGCUUGCUCGUUCUGGAAUGAAAAUUGGCCGUAUAGGUACUAGUUCUUAAACAUUCCCAUUUUGACACUAUUUGUAUUUUUACAAGUUGCAGGCUUCCAGUUUUGUUUUUGUUGUUAAAUUUGAUUUGGCAAUGAUAAUUGUAAUACUUCUAUUUGCUCUUGCAUAUCUUGUUGUGGGUGGGGGAUUCCAACAGGUUAACUUUAUUAUGCUGCUGCUACUACACAUUAUAAUAAUAUUAUAAUUAUGUCCUGGAUUUGAGUUUUUUUAGUCAUCAAUUUUUUUGGUAAUUAUCAUGUUAAGACGUGUAUUUGGGAAAUUUUUUAGAAGCUUGUAUCUUCAAAAUUGUAUGCCUAAUAAGUUAGUGAAACAUAGAGCUAUCAUGUAAGGCUUUUCUUUUUGACUUGUGUUUUUCUUUUUCCCCAGAGGAUGUGACUCCCAUUCCGACUGAUAGCACUCGCAGAAAGGGUGGUAGACGUGGACGAAGACUGUAAAGUUCCAGUUAUAUUAUUGAAUUGGACAUUCCUUGGUUGAGGAAUUUUGUAGUGUUUUUAAUCUUCAUUGCAAAAUGGUGUCAAAACAGUGUUUAAGUGAAAGUUUAGAUUGGUUAGAUAUGAAAUCUUAUCUUUUGUUCUUUCGCUUUGGGAUUGGCAUUUGACAAUUGUUACUUUGAGUAAUAGUUAUGUUUUUACUGAGCCUGCCGUCAAGACAAGUCUUUACCUCGACCUGGUUAUAAGAUUAUGUUUUACCAAGCCUGUUGAAUCUGUUUCAGCUUUUGUUAUGAGAUUAUGUGUCAAAGACUUUGAAGUAUGAAGUUUAACUGGCAAAAUCCAGGAACUAAAUCCAGCAAUGAUAAUUAAAAUAAUCUUCUUUUUGCGAA